AUGUCUGCAUUCGAGAAGCUGCCCAGAGAGGUCCGCGAUCUGAUCUACGAACACUGUCUCCUCUACCACGGAGAGAUAAUCCCAUUCCCUACCAGCCACGACUACGAGAAAGAAGAGAUCAAAGGAGGGUCCAAAGUCAGCGAUUGCACGGCCUCUUCAUCACAACAACCUCCUGUGCGGAAGGAUGGUCGCGACGCUUUCCUGGGGUAUCCUCAUGUCAAGCGAGAAGCUUUCCAAACCGAGGACAAACCUUGCGUCGCUCUGCUCGGUGUCAACUCUGCUAUCCGUGACGAAGCGGCAUGCAUCCUUUUCGGCGAGAAUGUCUGGCGACUCUCUCCAAGACCUUACGCGCAGGAUGACAAGUAUCGCUUGUGGGAGACGUAUGCCAGAUACUUUCGUCAGGUUGUCACCAGUUUCGACGCUCGCGAUAUUGAUGAAACGCAACUUCUAGAUAUCAGCAUGCAGAGUAUGGAACGCGUUGAUGAAGAUGAAGACUUAGAUCACUUUGACCAGGCAGGAACAGCCAAUAUCCACCAAGAACAGCUGAGCUUAAUGAAGGAUCCUUUCAUAGCGAAGAGAAACAUUCUGCGCCAAAUGGAUCUCAAAUCUCUGUCGUUCGACUUUGCAAAUCUGUUCUGUCCAAGCUGGUGCUGUCGCCGUGAGGCUCUCCAGAUUUGUGUAGAAUCUCUGGGACCGAGCGGGCCGUGGUAUAGGUCAGAGCGAGAGCAAGGCCGCGACUUGGAGACCAAGCUAAGGACCGAUGUCAAGGUUCUUGGCCUGAAGAAUGACAAAGAAAAGAAGCUCUUCUGGAAAACUUGGGGCUUGAAGGUGGAUUGA